CCUCAUCGUUCCACCUUUAACCUAGGUCCGUGUAUCUCAUCUGUUCCACCAAAUUCCAAAACCCCAUUUAUGAACCCUAAAGAGCACCGCCACACUCCGAUCAACAUCGCCGACGACACUGAUCGAGCACCGGAGGACACAAAUCGCCACCGAAAACCCUUAUUUUCAGUGCAACCGUCAUGCCAUCCAUGUGAAUUUGAAACCCAAAGCAUUACCCCAAGAUCUACUUGUAAAUCUGGAGUACACCCCAACUUCAAAGCAAGUUUCUUACCUCUCUUCUCUCGCCGAUUUUCUUCCCCGCCUUGUCUUAUUGAGUCGGUCACUAGCGGAUUUCAAAGUUCGGAUUCUAGACAUUGGGUUUGGAUUCGGUGUUUCAAAAAUCAGGUUUUGGAAGUUGGAAUUUCAAAAAUCAAUCGCAGGUGGUUGCUGGAGGUGUGUGUGUGUGAGAGAGAGAGAAUGUUAAAGGUAAAGGGUGGUGGGUUUAUUGCAAAACAAAUUUGUCCUGGUAUGAAAGUGGUGAAGGAAAAGUGGCUGGUGGUGGUGUCGGGGAAGGUAUUUAGUGAAGAAGGGGGUGGAUGGGAAGGGAUAGGGGAAUGUGAGAGGUGGUAA